AAGAAUUAUGAAAUCAUGUUGGUGCAAAAACAUUUCAUUCAGACUAUUUAUCUGUCAGCAUGACGUGAAAUAUGAAAAUAUUCCAGCUCAAAUUGCUUAUUCUGAACCAUUUUCCGCCCGUUUGUUCUGCCCUCCAGGUGUGUGAUGCCCACAUGCGCAUCGUGGACAUCGAUCCCCGUUUCCCCGGAUCGUGCCACGACUCCUACGUGUGGAGGCACUCACCACUGUUAGGCCGCCUCACACGUAACCUGCGACGUGGAGAAUGGGUGCUUGGAGACUCAGGCUACCCUCUUGAGCCAUGGCUGCUGACACCUGUGCCAGGCCAUCCAGGCAUUGACACUCCGGAGGGGCGCUACAACCAGGCCCAUGCCUCCAUGAGGAACGUUGUGGAGAGGGGUAUUGGCGUCUUGAAGGCAAGGUUCCGGUGCCUUCAAAGGUACCGGACACUCCUUUAUGAGCCCAAGGAUGCAGCCACAAUCGUAGCAGCCUGCGCCGCUCUCCACAACAUUGCUUUGAAGGCAGGGGAGCCGGAGCUGCAGGACAGGGAUGAGGAGGCCGAGGACAACCAGCCACCGCUGCAACAGGGCUUGCCUGUGUCUCAAGGGCACCACACCUGCCGGCAAGAAACGCCCAGAGAGCUGCUGAUGAGGGCAAAGCAGAUGAGGAGCCAGGUUGUCAACCUGUUCUCUGCGGCCCCUAGCUGGCGUACCACUCACCUGCGUGUGCUGCAUCGUCGGCUGAGGCAGCAACAUCAGGCUCAUCGCGCGGCUCAACCGUAAAGCCAGCCACUGCCUCCUGCAUUAGCUGGCCCAAGAGCUGCGAAAGCUGCCCUACUGGCCGCAGUGCCUCCGCUACUUGGUCAGCCUGCCGC